AUGAGUAAUGUUUUGGAACUUAAGGUCUGCGAGAAGACGGAGGUGAAUGUGGCAGCGAGGUAUCCAAGCAUGGAGUCGCUAAAAGCAUUCUUCAACUACAGCUUGAGAGAGUCUCACCCUUCUUUGGAUGAGAAGUUUGUGAUGGGGUCGGCGCUAGCGGCGAAAGUGCUUGUUCGGAUAGUUCCGGCUGAGGUCUUCAUGGAGCAGAAGAGUUGGAUUGCAUUCUGGCUGAUUGCACAAAGGAAAGGAAGUAGCUGUCUAUCUGAGGCUCUCAAGGGGAGUGGGAUGGUGACAUGGGGGAUAAGAAGGCAAGUUAAGUAUUUAGGUUGGCAUAAGGAGAGUGAUGAUAAUAAUGAUGUUUAUGUUGCUCAGAACUCAUCUUCGAGUUUUGUCAAUGGAGUUGAGGAAUCUCAGAUGGGAUUAUUAGCUACUUGUGAUGAUGGGGAAUUUAGGGAAGAUGGCCAGAAACUUGAAGAUGGUGAUUGUGGAGAGCGAGGGGAAGAUAUGGAAAAUUGUGAUGAUCAGGAAAAUGCACAGGAUGAAGAAGAGGAUGAAGAGGAAGAGGAAGAAGCAGAGGAAGAAGAGGAGGAGAAGAUCAAGGUUGAGGAGAUUAAUGAGAACAUGAAUAGAAAGAGGUACUCUUUUAGGAAUUUGAGCAUAAGGAAAACGAAGAAACCAAAGCUUGAGAUCAGAAAGCAAAAGCAAAAUCAAAUGCAGAAGAAGAAUCAGGUCAAGAAAAUCAAGGGUAGUAAGAAAUCAAGGGGAUCACUCAUUCAAAGAGAUCCAAAAGAUCGUUGGUCAACUCAAAGGUACAAGCUUGCUGAGCAAAACCUUUUGGAGGUGAUGAAAUCAAAGGGAGCAACAGCUGAGAAGCCAGUCUUGAGGCCUCAACUGAGAGCAGAAGCAAGAAAGAGGAUAGGAGAUACAGGACUGCUUGACCAUCUCCUUAAGCAUAUGGCUGGAAAGCUUGCUCCAGGAGGGCAGGAGAGGUUCAGGAGGCGGCAUAAUCCUGACGGAGCAAUGGAGUAUUGGUUGGAAUGCGCUAAUCUUGUUAACAUCAGGAGGGAUGCUGGGGUGACUGACCCUUAUUGGGUGCCACCACCUGGUUGGAAACUUGGUGAUUCCCCAACUCAGGACCCUAUAUGUGCUAGAGAGUUGAAGCUGCUUAGGGGUGAUGUUUCAAAAAUUAAAAGAAGUUUGGAACUGAUGGCAACAAAGAUGCAGUUGGAGGAGGAAGUUGGAAAGUUGAGAAGGGAGAUUGGUGAAAUUUGUUACAAGAAAAAGCAACAAGAAAAUCAAUCAUUCACUGAAGAAUCAAAUACAUAUGACAUAAGUCAAAAGCUGGAUCAGCUUACUGCUUCUUUUGAAUCCUUAAAACAAAAUUUUAGCUGCGUGCACCUUUCAGAGGAAAAGUACAGGGAACAAUUGAUGACCAUCUCUGAUUUUGUGAAAGACAUUGAGGGAAAAUUUGAGAAGCUAGCUCCAAAUGUGACAGAAACAGAAAAAACAGGGUCUUCAUUAAUGAUAAUGGGGAUGAGAGAGAAAACAGCACUGGAGAACAAAGAAGAGCAAGUACAUGAUGCAUUAAGUGCAGGUGGUGAGGGAAAAAAACUACAGAUAGAGGAAAAAGCGGCAAAGAUAGAAAGGCUGAAGAGUGGUUUCAGAAUCUGCAAGCCACAGGGCACUUUCCUGUGGCCAAACAACAACAGCAGCAGCAGUUUUGUGAAGGUCCAAGUUGAGGUUCCCACCCCUCCUUCAGUUUCUUCCUCCACUGUGCCACCUCAGCUUCCCUACCACUAUCAGCCACCACCACCACCAUCACCAUCCAUAGUCAAACCAUUGGCUGAAAAACGUGCAGUCAAAGUCACAAUCUCCAACUCUCCUGCUUCAGUCAAUCUAAGUCAUUACAAGGUUUCUGCAAAUAGACCGGCGUUGGAGAGUGGUGGUGGUUAUACAGAGACAGCAACGAGCUGCUCUGAGGCAGGAAGCUGGUUGGCACUGUCUACUACUCUCAAGUCUGCAUCUGAUGAUUCCAGCCAUGGUUGAACCCAUAAUAUAUGUACUUACAUAUAUAUUCUGCUAGCUUUCUUUCUUUCCCAGUCAAUAUAAAACAAUAUGCUUCUGGAGGGGGAUUGGAAUAUGCCAUUAGUGAUUAGGCCUUCUGCCUUCAUAUAUCAAUCUGCUAGUAUAUUU